ACGUACCAGGGCCUUACUGGGAUGUGCUGAGGCUUUCCUGGGGGUUUACUGGGACGUACUGAGCCUUUACUGGGCACAUUUGGGGGCUCUUUAGGGUCUCCCGGGGGUAUUUGGGGUCCAUCUGGGCCCCCCCAGGUCCCUUUUUUUGGGGUGCGCGCGGGGGGGGGGGGGCUGGGGGUGUGUUGAGCAUUGAGGAGUGCCCUUGGGGGCUUACUGGGACUUACUGGGAGCGGCGGCAGCUGCUCUUCCCCCCCCCCCCCCCCCCCUUCUUCCCCAGGCAGCCCAGCUGUAUGGUAAUAGGGGCCCCGGCGUCACCGCCGGCGUCACCGCGUCCCCCGUAACCACCCCGUUGUCUCUGUGUGUGUGUGUGUCCCUGUGUCCCCCCUUUCCUUUGGCAGAGCCACCCGCCGACCGCCUUCAUGCUCAGCCCCAGCCCCUCGCCAGCGCUCCCGGCAUGACCUCGGGCACCGGCAGCUCUGCCUCCACCGUCGCCGGCGCCGCCCCCCACAAUGGUGAGAACAAACCGCCCCAGGCCAUCGUGAAACCCCAAAUCCUCACCCACGUCAUCGAGGGCUUCGUCAUCCAGGAAGGGGCAGAACCGUUCCCGGUGGGGCGCUCCUCCUUGCUGGUGGGGAACCUGAAGAAGAAGUAUGCGCAGGAGCUGCUGGCUGAGAAGCUCCCGCCGCAGGACAACACCACCACCACCGACUCCGAAAUGGAGGAACCUUAUUUACAAGGUGUCCCUCCGCGCCCCCCAGAAUCCAAAGAAGAGGGGAACCCCCCCAAACUGAAGUGCGAGCUCUGCGGCCGCGUCGACUUCGCUUAUAAAUUCAAGCGCUCCAAGCGCUUCUGCUCCAUGGCUUGUGCCAAAAGGUACAACGUGGGGUGCACGAAGCGGGUGGGUUUGUUCCACCCCGAUCGCAGCAAACUGCAGAAACCCGGCGGCCCCCCCCACGGCCGCCGUCGGACCUGCAAGGGGACGCUGCCCACCCUCGGCAAAGACACCAAGAAGCAGCCGCCGGUUUCUCUCCCGCCGGGUUCGGUGCCUCUUUCCGUGACGGCGUCGUUGCAGCUCAACCACAGCCAAGAAGAUUCCAGUCGGUGUUCGGAUAAUUCGAGCUACGAGGAGCCGCUCUCCCCCAUCUCGGCCAGUUCCUCCACCUCCCGCCGACGCCAGGGCGAGCGAGACCUGGAGCUACGCGAGAUGGACCUGCCCGACGUCCACGUCCGCGACCUGGCCGGCAUCGGCCACCGCUUCCUCCCCAGCGAGCCCAGCAAGUGGAACGUGGAGGACGUCUACGAGUUCAUCCGCUCCCUGCCGGGUUGCCAGGAGAUCGCGGAGGAGUUCCGGGCGCAGGAGAUCGACGGGCAGGCGCUGCUGCUGCUGAAGGAGGAUCAUCUCAUGAGCACCAUGAACAUCAAACUGGGGCCGGCCCUCAAGAUCUACGCCCGCAUCAGCAUGCUCAAGGACUCCUAGAGCCGGUUGGGUGGGGGGCGCCCAUGGGACACCCCCCACCCCCCCCCCAACCCCUCUCAAACCCUCUACCCGCCCCGUGGGGUGGGGUGGGUGGGGGUGGGGGUGGGGGAGCUGGGGGUUUGGCGGGGGGGAGCCACUCGUGAGCACAACCCGGCCCCGGGGCGGCCCCCCCCGGGGUGUGUAAAUAGGCCGUAGCUAGAGCGGGCCCCCCCCCUCCCCCCCGGCCCCGUAUUGGGGUGGGGUGGGGGGGUCACCCCCCCCACACACACACACACACACACCCCCACACACACCCCCUUCUCCGGCAGGGAGGGGAGGGGUCCCCGCGUCUCCCCCCCCUCUCCGUGUCCCCGUCCCCCCCACCCCCCUCCCCAAAACGGCAGGGCGAAGCAGGACGAUUGCCUUAACAUGUGCCCCCCCACCCCCCCCCACCUCCUCAAGCUGGGCUUUGGGCUACCAGCCCUGGGGGGGUGUUAGCCCGGUGCAGGGGGGAGUGGGGGGGGGGGGUGGGGGGUAUCUCGGGGUGUGCAGAGAAGGCGUCACCCCCCAACCCCACCCCACCCCCUGCGGGGGCUGUUUUGGGGGCACCUUAGUAGAGGACGGUGGGGGGGGGGGUGUCCCCCCACGGCAGGUAAGGACCCCCCCCCAGCACCCC